AUGAACUCUCAGCCCUUUUACUUUGAGACGGCAUUUACAAUUUAAAAAGAUCUUACUGAAGAGUAUAGCGAAGAUAAGAUUUAAAUUAAAUCGAACAUUAAAUAACUAUUAAAUUAAUUAAAGUCUGAUUAAGAUAAAGCCCUAAACAUUCUUGGACUCUACGGAUAUUUAGAAACAAUAAUUAAUUAUAUGACAACAAGAUACAAUGCUAACCUUUAAUUUGAUGUUGAACUAUCGAAUCAUACUUAAGCCUGUAUUGGGAUGAUCAAAUUGGAUAGUUUAUUAGUGUUCUGUUAUCUAAUACCUGAAAAUAAAAAGGUUGAUUAAGUUGUGGAAUCAAUUGAAACUAAUUUAUUUAGAAUUUUAAUUGAUUUAUGCUAGAACAUUAUUAUCUUACCGACUGAAAAAAUACUUCAGAAAUGGAUUCCGAUUAAGGAUAGUCAACUCUUAAGGAACAAAAUGUAGAAUUAUUAAUCGGAAGAAAUUAAUUCUAAUAGUUGUCGUUGUGUUGAAGUCUAGUAGAAAUUAGCCAUAAAACAAAUCUAAAAUUAUAACUUAUAUUAUAAGAAUUCGUAGAACUCUAUACUAUUUUAUGAUCUAAAAUAGGAGGAGUAUUUUAAGCUAGUGGAAUCCUAUUAUUAAGACUAGGUGAAGAACAUCAUGUUAUUUGGGAGAUUAAACGAGGAAUUAGAAUUCCCGAAUCCAAUCUUAGAAAGAAAAUAUGUUUAAAAAAUAAAUAAGGAUGUGAUGUUUUCAAUGACUCAUUAUUUCUCGCAUUUCAAAGAUAGUGUUGAAAAUGGUUUAUAUUAAUAAUUGCAGUUGAAGUUUUCACCUUAAGAGUUCGACUUCUUAAAAUUGGUUAAGUUCUUCUUAAAUCAUGCUUUUAGAAAACUGAAUUCUUUCAAAGAUAAUACUGAAGUGCUGAAGGGUCCGGAAUUGAUCAAAGAGGUCAAGACAUCCAACAUACGAAUGAAAUCAAAGGAAUUAUUAGCUAAAUUGAUCAGAAUUGUCAUUAAGUAUAUCAAUAGAGAGUUUUCAAAGAUGUAGGAUUUUGUGAACAGAAAGAUUAAGUGGAUAAUGGAGAAGAUUGAGAUAGAAUAAGGAGUGGGUCAAGAAUUCAUUGUGGAGAUGAAACUAUAGAGAUUUAAGAUCUUUAGAAAUAUGGACAAUACAUUUAAGAAAAUCGAAUUUUUGGACAAAGACAUGAAUAUUUCGAAGGAGAAGGAAACUAAAUUCUAAUAAUAAAAUUAUCAUAGUUAUUAAUUGAUUGACUUCUUUUAAUUGUAUAAUUUAAAUGAAGGAAAGUAGAGUGACUAUCUAUUGAUAAUGAAAUGUAUCAUGGUAGAAUCUAAGAAAAAUUGUUAUCAUGUAUAUUUAUUAUAAGAAAACAGGAAACCUGUGUUGGUUGUGAUUUACACUGACUUAAAUAAUCCUUAUUUUUAUUAUGCCUUAGAGUAAUAAACCUUAUAUCAGUUUAAUUUGCCAAAGAGGAUUGUGAUUUCGACCUUGAAUAAGGAUAAGGAAUGCAUAGACACAGAAAGAGUGAUAGAAUUGGAAGAGACAAUCUAUAUAAUAUAAUACAGUUAUUCUGAGGAGUAUGAAUGUUUUUUAUUGUUGUCAGAUGACAAGAAAGUAUACAAAUGGUCAGCUAAUGAUUAAGAAUUUAUUCAAUAAUUGUAGAGUUAUCAAGAUGAGGAGGGAUUCGUAAAUGAAAAGGAAUUUGAUGCUGACUAUUACAACUUAAUCGUAUGCGGAUCAGGCAAGUUUUACUUAUUAUUUAAAAUCCAAUCAGUAGAUAUAUAUGAUUUUAAUAAUACAAGAAUUUCAUCAAUAUAAUUUAGAUCAAUAUAUUAAUAAGAUUAGAUUUACAUAUUUAGUGACCAAUACGAUAGUUUUAUCCUUUUGGCCAAAAAUGAAGAUGAGUAGGAACUCUAUCAAUUGGAAAACUUUAAUAAGAAGAGUAAAUUGACUAGCAAUCAGAAUUACCUUAAACAAUCAUCCAAUUACAUUUUGGACUUAAUCAAAUAAUCAUUUAUAGUGUAUGGCAAGAACUCAAGCAUGUUAGAUGUUGUUGACACUCAAAGUAACUUUUAUUGUUCAUAAAAAUGCGGAGAAAUUAUUUAGGAUUGUUUUUACAAAAUCUAAUUGUAGAAAUAUUCAACAUUACAUAUACAGGAAGUGUUUGAGAUAAAAAGUGUAAAUUCAAGAGCAUUGCUUAAUGUAUUAUCAUCAAGAGUGCCGAUCUAAUUAUGUACAUUUGAAUAUAAGAGAUUAAUAGUGUUAAGUGAUGGAUUGAACAAAUUAAAUUAAAAUUUUGAUUGUAUUUAGAUUGAUAGAUAGUUGAAAUAGAUAUCCUUUGGAAUGAUAGAGGAAUUGUUAGAUGAUUACAAGAAGCCUAUUUAUGUAGUGAGUAUUUUGGGUAAGCAAUCUGGUGGUAAGAGUUAUUUGCUAAAUUAAAUCUUUGGUAUUAGAUUUGGAGUUUCAUCAGCGAGGUGUACAGAUGGGAUUUGGUGUAGUUAAGUUUAAUUGCAAGGACAUUAAUUUCUAAUUUUGGAUUGUGAAGGAUUGUUUGGAUAAAGGAGAAAUAAUAUAGAGGAAAUUACUCUAUUGUCUUUUCUAACAGCAAUAAGUGAUUUGACAAUAUUCAAUCAAUGUUCUUCUUAUGAUAGACAUUUGAAUGAGCUCUUUGAUAAUCUAAUAGAAGCCAAUACUAGAUUGAAAGGCAACCAAUUAUUCAAAAGCAGACUUAUGAUUUUGGUGAGAGACAUUUAUCAAGCUAGUUCAUAGAAUGCUCAAUAGGAAUUAGAUGGUCAAAUGGAUUCCAUAAUUAAUUCAUCUAAUAAUGAAUUGCUUAAGUAAUUGUUGAAGAAUGGAGUGAGUGCUCAACUAAUGAGUUAUUUUGAAUUAGAACAAUUUGAUAGAGACGUAAAUCAAAUCAGGGAGUAAAUCCUUGAAAAUGCAAAAAACACUGUCAGGUGGUAGGAUGCUUAGUCACUAUUUACAUCAAUGAAGAUCACCUUGCUGUAGUUAUCUGUAAAAGACACUAGGAAUGUCUAGGAUUAUGAGUUGAACUAUUAAAUACAUAAGUUAAAAGAAUAGUCAAAUAUCUAUUGGUUGGAAUUGCCAUCAUACAUAAUUAAGAAGGAGGAUGGCAACAAUAUAUCAUAAUAAAUAGUAUUAACUCAGACGAUUGAAGAUAAUUUCAGUAAAUUGUUGGAGUAAGCAUAAGAUAUCGUAAGAGUUAAUAUUGAAUAGGACUCUGCUUUUAUGCAAAAGUUUAUGAGAGUGGAUAAAUUGAUUUAGUCAUUUGCAAAUAAAAGAAUUAGUUAUAUCAUAAGCAUUAUAUCUAGGGAGAUAGAAUAAAAACUAGUCCCAAUAUAUGAGUUAGAUAGAGAUAUGAAGUAGAAUAUCUUAUUAGAUUGUGAAAAUGAGUUAAAAUAGCAUUUACAUGUUUAUAAGUUAUGUGGAUAAACAUGUAGUAGGUGUUAUGCAUUGUGUACUCAAUAUAAUGGACAUUUAAGCAAGAAUGGAACUAAGAUUGAGAAAGUGAGAGCUAUUAUUUAGAAAAAGAAAUCCAAGAUCCAAAUGAUCUAGAAGCAAUUAGAUUUGGAGGAUGGAGCAGAUUUGGAGUAAUUUGAGGCAGCAGAAAGAUUAAGUUUAUAAGAAUUACAGGUAAGUCUGUCAAGGAUUAAGGGAGAUCGUACAAUGGUUUAGAGAGCUUCAGCUUUGAAGGAAAUACAAUAGAAGAUAUAUCAUGUAGAAGGGAGGAUCAAGAAAUUAAAUAAUAUGAUAGAGUUAUAGGAGAGUGUGAAUAAAGAAUAAGAGUAGAUCUAGUAGUUUAAUAAGUAACACAUCUGUUGGAGUGAUACUCAUUUAUGUGAAGAGAAGAACUGUGAAUUAUUAUAAUCACAUUUUGGAGAACAUAUUUCUAAAGGUUUAAAAGAUGAUUAAUGUGAUAAAGAAUGUCUAUUAUGUUAGAGUCAAUGUAUACUGAGGAUUGGUCAUUCCAAUAAUUCAUUGCAUUAUUGUUAUAGUAAACAUGUGUGUUAAGAGACUUGCCUAUAUUGUGCUGAACAAUGUACUCAAGAUCCUUUUGUGGAACAUAAACAUAUGUGCAAUUUGAGAUAUUGUAAUAAAUCAUGUUCGUUGGGUUGUUAAAGACAGUGUUCAGAGUAACACUCUCAUGAAUUAGAGAAUGAGCACUUUUGCAAUUGUCAUCAUUAAUGUGAUAAAUUAUGCAAUUUGCCUGGGAUAUGCACAGUUGAUGGUUAUGUGAAGAGAGUGAAGAUGUGGAAGUCUAAUGCAGGUUCAUUAUAUGGAUAGACAAUUUAUGAGUAGGUCAGAAGGAAAGAAAAGUGUUUUAAAUUAAUUCCAAUAGGAGAAAACAGUCAUGAUUUAGGACAUGCUUGUUCAAAUAGGAAACAUUUGUGUGAUCAAUAAUGUCCCGGAUGUAAAGCUUAUUGUUAUUUAGAAUCAGGUCACACGAAUCUUCAUCAUACGAUAUAUCAUAAUGUGAUAGAGCCUUAAUAAUCAUGUUUUAAAUUGGACGAGAAAGAUGAAAAUAUCUAAUUUUGUAGACCUGAAACAUGUGAUGAAUACUGUAUUCGUCUAGGUAGAGGACAUAGUCAUGCAGUAGAAUGUGUUGAUGAGUUUCUUUGUUAUCAAUAACAACUUAAUAAGACUUCCAAAUAUUAUAAGGCUGUCCAUGUUUCAGAUAAUCUAGAUCAUGUUCUCUGCAAAUAGUUUUGGGAAAUCCUGGGCUGGGAAUAACCAAUCAGAGGUAGUAAAAGAAUUGAGAUUUCAAAAUGCAAUGCCAAAUGUUAGACAUGUAACAAAUUCUGUAAUUAUUUGGCAUGGCAUGAUAAAGGUAUCAAUACUAUGAAUCACAAGUUCGAAUGCUACAAUUCUCAUUAAAUUAAAUCAAUCAAUAUUGCUUUGAUUAUAGAUUGGACAGAUGAAUAGAAUAUCCAAAUCGCAUUUAAAUUGUUAUCUAUUUGUAAUAGUAUCAAGGGAGAAUUUAAUUCAGGCAAGGCCAAAUUCGCAAUCAUUUUGUAUCAUGAUCAUCAUCCUCAUAAAGAAAUCUCCUCUCCUACAUUCAUCCUUAGUGAUUUCACAGAUUCUGCUACUCUACUAUCAAAACUCAAGGAUGUCAAACCAAAAAAGGCCACUGCCAUAUCAGAUUAUCCUAAUGCUGUACUUGAUGGACUGCACGAGUAAUAAUAAUUGUCUUGGUCCAACAAAAAUUCUCAAAAAAUAGUUAUCCUAUUAACAUAGGCUCCUCCUCAUGGUCACUCCAAAUAUCACAGUUUUGAUGAUAAUUAUCCCAAAGGUUGUCCUUGCAAACUGAAAGAAGUGGAUAUUUUAAAAAACUAUAGAAUGAAAUAAAUUCAUUUGAUUAUUCCUGAACUUAGUUGCCAUCUAAAUUUAAUGAUCAAAAUCUUCUAGAGCUAUUUACCUAACUUACAUUCCAUCAAUACAAAUAAAAAUAUGGCAGAAACUAUUAUCAAAUAUUUAUUCAAAUAUCUUUAAAUUUCCUAAUAAAGCAAAGUCUGA